AACUACAUGGGAAGGAAGUUGCAAUGAAAAGACUAUCUAGCAGCUUAUCACAAGACGAUGAAGAAUUUAGAAAUGAAAUGAUAUUGAUCUCCAAACUUCAACAUAGAAAUCUUCUUAAGCUCAUUGGUUGCUGCAUUGAAAAUGAAGAGAAGUUGUUAAUAUACGAGUUCAUGCUCAACAAGAGCUUGGAUACUUUUAUUUUCGAUGAUAGAAGAAGGGAAGAGCUUAAUUGGGCCAUACGGUUCAACAUUAUUGAUGGCAUUACGAGAGGUCUUGUGUAUCUCCAUCGCGAUUCCAAUUUAAGGGUGAUACAUCGAGAUUUGAAGGCCAGUAAUAUUCUCUUGGAUGAGAAGAUGACUCCAAAAAAUUUUGAUUUUGGAUUAGUAAGGAUUUUUGAAGGCACGUUAGAUCUAGCAAAUACUCAUAGGGUGGUAGGAACAAUCGGCUAUAUGUCUCCAUAGUACGCAUUGAGAGGAAUCUUUUCGGAAAAAUCUGAUGUAUUUAGCAAUGGCGUGUUACUACUAGAGAUAAUAAACGGGAAAAAGAAUACUAGC